AUGACAAUCGUACCAUCAUUCACCCUUGGAUUCAUUCGUUGUAAAGAAAACAACAAAAUACUCAUGCUUAAUCGUAACAAAACACCCUGGAUGGGAAAAUGGAAUGGCGUGGGCGGCAAAAUCCACGCCAACGAAACUCCAUUAGACUGUAUGAUUCGAGAAGCACAAGAAGAAACUGGGUUAAUGUUGUCUCAAUUUGAACCAAGAGGGAUCUUAACUUGGGAAAUAUACAGCAAAGAAGAAGAGGAAUCAUCCAAGAGUAAUGGUAGUUCAAAGAGUGGCACCGUUGUGGAACGAGCUUUGAAACAUGCUAAUUUAGCUAGCACUGGAGGACUAUAUCUUUUCACCGCUGAUAUUACUGUUGAACAAUUUGAAAAUUAUCGCACACCCAUGGUUUAUGAUGAUGAAGGAAUUUUGUGUUGGAAAGACUUGGGUUGGAUUACAUUUGAAUUUAAUUUAGGAGUGGUUGAUAAUAUACGAGCUAAUUUGUCAAACAUCUUUGAGUCCAAAGAAGAUGAUUUGUUUCAAUUAAAAUAUGAAAAUACAAAUUUAGUUGGUAAUGAAUAUAUCCCUGGCGGCGCUGCUCAAUUUUUUGAAAAGAGGGAGUAA